AUGGUGAAUCAAGAACACAUGCUGAAGGCUGCCUUGCCUCUCUUUGCCAGAUUCAUCAUCAGCAAUGGACUGAGGACUAAGCAUGGGACAUUCACGAUCUUCUUGGAGGCAGUCGACCAAGCUUUACCCACUCUAUCUAGGAAUAUGGGGUUAAGAUUAGUGGAAGGCGCUAUGGCACUCCUUUCUCCUGAUGUCCUGCAGCUUUCAGACCCAGACACUGCCAAAGAAAACCUUACCUUCCUCUUGGCUCAGGUCCCCCAAAAUGGUCAUCUGUAUUAUCAAGGGGCUGUGCUACUACAGCACAAUUUCACCCAGCAAGAUGUGGACAACAUGGAUGUUGCAUAUAAACACCGAGGUGGGAAUUCCCAGAUUGACAGAUUUACAUUUGUUGCAACAGAUAGGACUAAUCAAGGCUUCAUCGUGAAUGGGAGGGUGCAGAUCGAGCCAGUGGCAUUCACCAUUCAGGUGGACCAUAUGGACAAAAUGGCACCAAAAAUUAUUCAUCUCCAUUGCUUUACUGAUGUAGAACUGCUAAAGAAUGGCAAUUAUGGGAUCUAUAUUACUGCCAGGUCCCUGAAGGCAUCUGAUCCCAAUACAGAAGAUGACAAAAUAAUUUUUAAGAUUUUACGAGGUCCUCAUUAUGGCUACCUGGAAAAUAUAACCACAGGUGGUUUUAUCUACGAAGGAUUUAGCCAAAAGGAUUUAAACAGUAAAAUUGUACUUUAUGUCAUCAAUCCACUGCAGGAAGUGAAUUCAGAUGACCUGGAGUUUCAAGUCACAGAUCCCAAUGGAAAUUCAGGAGUCCCCCAAAUACUGGAACUAAGGUGGUCUCGAAUUGAAAUGCAACAGACUGAAUAUGAAGUGUGCGAGAAUGCAGGAAUGGUGUCACUGAAAAUCAGCAGGGCAGGACACUCUGCAGACUCUGCCUUUAUUGCAGUGAAGAUCAACGAAAUAUCUGCUGUGCUGGGAAAAGACUUUACCGUGACUCCCUCUAAGCUUGUUCAGUUUGAUCCAGGAAUGUCAACCAAGACGUGGAAUAUAGCAAUUACCUAUGAUGGUUUAGAGGAAGAUGAUGAAGUCUUUGAAGUAGUUCUGAGCUCCCCUGUGAAUGCCAUUCUUGGCACUAGGACAAAAGCUGUCGUGAAAAUUUUGGAUUCAAAAGGAGGUCAGUGCAGCUCUUUCCAUUCCUCUGGCCAAAAUAAGCACAGCUUCUGGGGAAGAGGCACGCUAUUUCCAGUUUCCUCAGGCUCCUCAUCACCUUCCAGGCCUGGCAGCAUUCACUUGGAAGGGGUCCCAUCAUCUCCUUCCAAAGGGAUCAUAGAGCAUAGACGGAACACACUGCAGGAAUACAGCUUUUCAAAUCGGUCAAGGACAAGGCUGAGAGUGAUUGGAAACGGCAGGAUAGUUCAUCCUUCAUCUGUAGUUAGAAAUGGAACUGAUGUGGUUUUCAAAUAUCACGGGAUGGUAGCACUCAGAAUAGAGGAAGACUCCUCAUCAGCUAAAGCAAACAACAAGGCUGAAGUGUUGGUAAUUAACCAAGCACAACCACAGAUAGAUACAAUCACCUCUAGGAAGACAGAAAUCCCACAGGCUGGUAAAGCAGAACUGGCAUCUGAACCAAGCUCUAGCCAUCAGAACUUUUUCACCUUUCCAAAGGCCUGCACAUCAGAUUUAAAGGGGCUGUUGCAUUAUGAAGAAAGCACUCAAAAGCUGUAUCAGUGUGAUGGAAUAAUAUGGAAGGUCUGGAAUUCCCAAAGCAAGGAAGUGAGUACGAAAAAAUGUCCUGAUGGAUGGAGUCAUCAUGAGGGCAGCUGCUAUUUCCUGGUAGUGAAUCACAAGGUCACCUGGAAUACCGCUGCUCGGGCUUGUAGAGAACAAUACCUCGGAAGUCUAGCAAGUGUGGCUAAUGAACAACACAUGAAAUGGCUGUGGGACUUCAGUGGCAGGAAGCCCUUUUGGAUAGGCUUGAAUGACCAAGUGAAUGCUGGGCAUUGGGAGUGGAAUGGCGGAGAACCCAUCACCUACAUAAACUGGAGAAGAGGCCCCUAUCGUGUUCCAAAGAGAGGGAAGAACUGCGUAUUGGUGCAGAAGCGAGGGAAAUGGCAAGCAACGGACUGCAGGAAGGUCAAACAGAACAGCUAUAUAUGCUCAAGAAAGCUGUAAAGAAUGGAGAAUCUUUGUGUGAGCAUGUGAGCUUUCCUCUUGUUUCAGAUUUAUUUGCAGACAUGUGAGGGUAGGCAGUCAGAAAACUUCCUAAAUUAUGAGGAAGAAUUUUUUUUCAUGCUGCCAGAGGUGCAGAUGCGU